AUGAGACCAUUAGAAAACUUAACUUCAGAUUCUGUGUUUACAGAACAAGAAGUAAAUCAGAUUGAUACCUCUACGCCUAUCCCACAGGUAUCAAAUCAAAGGGCUCCCCAGUAGCUUGAACCAAUCAAGGUACUGAAGAGCUUUUCUUCGAAAUCAUCACACAAAACUUUCCUAGUCAGAUCAAGAAUCGAGGGAUAACACAACAUCGCUCGAGAAACUUGGAAUCAUUAGGAAACAGACCUUGAGAAUACUGAGGUCCAGGCGUAAACUCAAAUUUCUAUGAUUGAGCCGCCUGUUGGAGGUGAUUCAAACUCGCUAAAAGUAGUAAAAGUCUACGAUAAUAGCGAUUCUAAGUCUCUUAAUGAGCUUAGCCACGAAUUAAGCAUUAUGCGAAAAUUAGUUGGCAUUGAUUCUAACACGAUCUAAAACUUUGGCGCAGCCAACAUCAACUCAGAAACUGCCGCAUUCGUCGAUGAGUAGUUUUAAGUUCAUCAGUACCCUUAGGGCUACACGAUUUUAGUUCAAGAAUAUUGCAAAAAUGCUGAUUUGCUCUCUUUUGUCUUGAACGAGGGCAAUUAAAAAUAGCAAGCGGAAUGCUUGAACCAGUCUCUACUGAUCAGAAAAAUUAUAAGAUAGUUGGUUAAGACGAUUGAUUAAUUUCAUUGCAAACUCAAUAUGAGUCUCCUUAACUUAAAACCUUCCAAAAUUUUGUUGGAUCAGUCAUUAGGUCCGAAAUUCUACGACUUUAGAAGUUGCACUUCGAAUAUGUAUUCUCGAAUCAACAGAGAGAUGUUCAAAAUUGAUCAAUUAGAGUAAUCAGACUUAAUAUACCUAGCUCCAGAAGUAAUCAACGCUAAUCACAACUCCGAAUUAAGAGGAGACAAGAUUGAUAUGUUCUCCCUCGGCGCGAUGCUGUUUGUUUGCUUGUUUAAGCAAGCUCCUUUCAAAACAGCAAGUCCAAGGGACUCAUUCUACAAGUACAUCCACUCAAACAAGUUUAGUUUGUAGGAGAAAUUCUUUUAAUUUCAUCCUGCAACAAAAGGAUUAUAUAUUGACAGUGAUUUGAAGAGGUUACUAAUCUCACUGCUUGCUUAUGAUCCUUAGUAAAGACCGACUGCAAGCGAGGUAUUGGAAAACACUUGGUUUAAGAAGGAAGAAACUCAAUUAAACUCGGUACAUUAACAAUCGAAGACACAACAAGAAUCAUAGUUGUAACAGCAACAACUUUAACAAUAAUAAUGA